AUGGUUGUUCUAUCUGAACUUUUAGAAGGAUCUUCAUCUUCUUCAUCAACUCAUGGCCAUAAUCCAUCAACUUCUGGUCAUAGUUCAUCAACUCAUGCUCAUAGAUAUGAUGUAUUUUUAAGUUUUAGAGGUCUCGAUACUCGUCAUAGUUUCACUAAUCACCUUUAUAAAGCCCUCAUUGAUGCCAAUAUCAUUACCUUCUUGGAUGAUGAAGAGAUUGAAACAGGGGAAGCUCUAAAACCGGAAUUGGAGAGUGCAAUUAAGGCAUCUCGGGCUUCUAUUAUCAUAUUAUCUAAGAAUUACGCUACUUCAACAUGGUGCUUGGAUGAAUUGGUGUUAAUCCUUGAGCAGCGUAUGAUAUCGGACCACAUUGUCAUCCCAAUCUUUUAUCAUGUGGAGCCCACCCAUGUCAGGAUGCAACAAAGUAGCUUUGGGGAUGCAUUGUUUAAGCAUAAACAGACAAUGGAUGAAGAGAUGGAUGAAAAUAAAAGAAGACAAUGGGCUCAAAAAAUAGAUCGAUGGAGUAAAGCACUUACGGAAGUUGCUAAUUUAAAAGGAAAUGAAGUAAAUGGCAGGUACCCACAUAUUUACCCGUAUUUUCAUACUCCUUCAGUUUUGUUUGAAAACACAUUGAAAUUUUCAAUAUCAUCUUUAGCGUAUGCAUUUCGGUAA